AUGGGAAACACACAAACUAACGUCGUCAGCCCAGUGAUCAGCUCUAAUGACGCACGGGGAUAUGGUAAAAACUUUGCCGUUCAUUCAAUCAGGUUUUUUCAGUGUCUGAUGAGGAAUUUCGUAGACUUCAACUGGCUUUCCAACGCUUUAAAAACGGAUCUAUUAACUAUGAGGUAAUAGAAGGUGAUAUAAAAAUUACUGAACCCAAAUUUUGAGGAAUUUUGUUAUCACGUUCUUGGAGGAGCCAGGAUUCCCGACGAUAAACGAAGACUUUUGUUUUCCUUCUUUUCGAGAGGGGCUGAAACUAUUUCGUUCGAUAAUCUUCUUUGCUCAUUAGUUGGCCUGUGCAGAGUGGAAGAGGUCCAAACGAGUGAGUUCCAUCCUAGAACUACGGAAGCGAUCGAAUGUUGAAGAGUUCAUCGAGGAGUACAACGAAUUUGCUUCCUGGGGACUGAGACCACCGAUGCUCACGAUUCCACUCAACGAUUCGUACAUUUCCUUUUACGAGGUCAUGUCCUACGUCACUCAUCGUUAGUUCAAUCUUUCGUUUUCAUUUUUGUUUUGGUUUAAGUGUCCGUUGGGGAAGUUAUCGAACUGGAGAAAGUUUUCGCGACAAUCAGCGACAGGGUGGUGUGCAAGUUAACCAGAGAAAAAUGGGUAUCUGCUCUCGGUUCCUGCUUUCCACCUUCAUUUACAGAUAGGUUUUUAAUUACCUCAAUUAAGUCGUAGUUUGGAGUUCUUAGACUGUUCAAAGUUUUCGAUGAAAAUUCUGAUGGGAUGAUUGAUUUUCGCGAACUCGUUUGUACUCUGUCGGCGCUCUGCCGCGGACCAGCUCCCGGUAGAUUAUCACGUGAGCAUAUUUUCUUUCAUAUUUAAGGGCCGAUAGACCUCUAUAGCCAAAAGUUUUAUGUGCCAAGGAACUGACGAAGUCGGAGAGACCUUUCAGCUGUUUCUAUUGAAAUUUCCAUUUUUCUGUUUUUUAUCUGCCUUUUUCGACCCUUUUGUUGCCUCUCCCUUUUCUCCGCCUAUUUUGAGCCCUCGAAGAAUGGAAAGCAUCGCUAAAGGAAGGUAGUAACUUAUGUUUUUUUUUGAACAAGCUUCAUCUUUGAACCCGCUUUCGGCACUUUUGACUUUGCCAGUGAGUAGAAACUUUUUUGUUCAAAAUGGAGAGAGUUUGAAAUCAUAUUCUUUUUUAUGUUCAUGAAAGUGUUCAAUUAUGAAAUAAGAAAAGUAAAAAAAAAGAAGUUUUUCAGAAAUUGCUCGUCUUUGGGAUAAGGAUAACGAUAAAAAGUUGUCUGAUGAAGAACUGCUUGAGAUGUACACUGAUCUGAAUGUGGUGAGUUUUUCUUACCCUCAAAGUUCUACAUUGAAGGAAAGCAAUCACAGAAGAUUUCGACAAAACUGGUUCAUACGAAAUUCCGAAAGUUUUAACUUGUUUGAUUGAAAUCGUUCAACAAAAGUUUUCUCAAAAAUAAGAACGAUUAUUGGGAAAUAUGAAGAAAUCAAUUGAUUGCCGAACAUUCAAUCUUUUUAAAGCUUCUGUAAUACUUUGGUAUUGCGAACAAUACAUCGUCAAAAUUCAGCUAAUAUUUUUUUUUUCAGCCCGAGGUAGACAGAACUGUAGCCAGAAGUAUUUCGGAGAACCAGGCUGCUCUUGUCGAUUUCGGUCUUUGGGCCGUUGAAAAGGACUACGUGAAAGAUUAUUAUUCGAUGGUACAGGAGGUCGGUCACAUUUGCCUCGGCCUCCGUCCGGAGAGCUUCAAACUCGAGAUGGACGUCGUCAGGUAUCAUCUCGUAGGAGAAGGGAAAAAAACUGAAUUUUCCGCUAGGAAAAAAAUUUAUUGGCCAUUUAUAAAAAUGAAUAACUCGAAGCUUUUCUUAGGUGAACUUUUUUCAGUUCUUUCGAACUCCGAACGGCUAACAUGAAGCUGCCGGAGUGCAACAUCGUAGCUUCUUCGUGGCAUCGCGAGUGGGAAACAGCUCUGAAAAGCGGAAAAACUCCGCCGCCCAUUGAUAACUCUUCUAUCAAAGGACCUCGCGAUGAUUCUUGGAGCACUAAGGUUCCGAAGAAAACUUGGAUGUUUUCUACUCCCUUGUAGGUAGCGUGUAUGUCGGCCGAGUCAACCAAGUUGCGGACUGAUCUCACCAAAAAAGAUUACAUCUGCGCUCCAACGCCACUGUGGAGAGCCUGGUUACGGUGGCAUGGAUCCGCUCUCACGGUAACGCUUUCCUUAUCAAACUGUUUUCUUAUUCGAAAAAUCGUAUAACAGUAAUAAACCACAAUCGUAUUUUUCAUUUUGUAACCGCGGAAACUAUGUCGUUUGAAGGUAGAUAGUCAAUUCACGCGGAAAACGGCUUGACGGCGAGUAUUUCGACGACGGAAAACCCGCCGUCGAACUGUACCCGUUGGAGAUUUUGCUCCUUGGACACGACAGAAAACGAAGUCAUGACGGACACGAGUCCCCUCGUACCUUGACGCCGUGGGCCUGUGCUCAGGUAUCUUCUUUUUCUCUCUCAAGAACUUCAUUUGCGAAGAAAUUGGUUAUUAAAAAUGAAAGCGAUCCGAUAUUCAAAGAAAAAAUCUUCUGUUUAUCAUAGACAAACUUUCGAGGCCGCCGAAUCCUCUUGCUGUGCCAUCCUAAAUUAAAGCCAGUACUACCUCCUGUCUUUAAGACUUUUUUAUUUUCGUCAGCACCCUCGGGGUGAAACUUGUUUUUAUACCUUACUUUUGAAAAUAUUUUUAAGCCAUCCAAUCCUCCCGGACUUUCUGAGUUCUUAACUUGUCCAUGUGGGCUGUUAACAGAUUAUUCGGUAUUUUUUUCGUUUCAAUUUAUUCUUAAGCUCAUCUGGCCUAUCCACAGAGAUAAAUCCAAAGUUUUCUAACUGAAACUUCAAAGAAAAAUCUUUAGUUCUGUUUAUUUUUCUAUUGGAAAUAACGUACUCUACUUUUAAUGACAGAUAUCGAGAAGCACAAAAGUUGAAGAACUUCUGCAGCUAUGUAAAAGUGAACUUCGGCUCGGAGAAGGAGACGCGAGGUUCAUUCCUAUAUCAUUUUUUCAAUUCAUUCAUGUACUUAGACUCUGGCUUAUUUCGAAAGAAAGUGACGACGGAAAUCUUCUGUUGGAUGACGGCGCUCAGAGAUUGUAUCAGUUGUUCCCAAAUCAGAAAGCUAAGAAAAAUGGCAAAAUGAAGGUUUUAUCUGUUUUAAUGGCUCUAGAGCACAUUCUCUAAUCACAGUUCCUACUGGAAGUGCGAGAGCGCAGUACGGGAGUUUGGCCUGAAGAACUUAGAGCUUCUCUUUCCGGAAAGCAAAUCACGGCCGCGUCGGCCCUUUCUACAUCGGCUCCUCAGCUUUCGGGUUUCUAUUAUUCAUCUUAUUUUCAUUGAUUAAACGUUUUUCUAAAUUAAAUAAUUGAAUAAGGAUUAUGUAUUCAUUUAAAAUUACGUGUGUUGGCCCUACUUGUUCAGCUUUUUUUGAAAUAGUUCUUUAGAAGAAGUUUAAACACAACUAGAGUAAAUUAAAUUAUGAAGAACUGCAAAAACUUCAAGGUGAAAAAAACUUAAUAGAUGAAGAUCUCAAGAACUAAACAGCGAAGAAAGAACAAAAAGUGUAAAUUUUAUUCUCAGAUUGCAUUUUUUUGAAAUUGAACAGCAUCUAUUUAAAUAAAAGAAAAAAACGAAAUACUAAAGGCGGAAAUUCAUAAGCCUUCUUUAUCAUUUUUUGUUCAUUCAGGACGCCCUGGAGCUGUCGGAUUGGUCAACUACGGUAACUUUUGCUACCGUAACGCCGCUGUUCAAUGUCUUGCUAGAGUUUCUCCGCUAACACAGUAUCUAUUGGAAGAAGCUAAUCUUGAAACGAUAAAGAGGUUUUCUUUUUCCAUCAAUACUUUCUGAUCAUAAAACUUCAAGGUCAAAUACAAAAAGGAAAGACGCUGUGGACACUUCUGUCGAGUAUGCGAAGCUUUUGCGUGAAAUGUGGUCAGCCAAGAAGAAAAAUAUCGCCCCGAACGCUUUCAAUGUACUGCGUUUUGACAAGUAUUCCUAUCGUUGUAUAAAAGUUAUUUAGGACGUGAUUCGCUCAACUGAUUACUUUGAGUGCAACGAGCAGCACGACUGUCAAGAAUUCGUGUCUUUUCUUUUGGAUCAGCUCCACACGUGUAUGACCGUGGAACACAGAGCGCAGGACAAUGCACUGGUAAGUCGAAAUCGAAAACGAUUCCGAUCGCUUCGUUUAAGGAAAAGCCGGACGCACAAGAUGAAGAUACCAGAGCCAAUCAGGUAUCUAUUUCCAUGAAAUUCUUUCUCACUUUUCCUCAUUUUUAGUCUUGGAGUACCUACCUGAAACAAAACGAGUCGCUGGUUUCCUCUCUAUUUUCGGGUUCUUCCGUUCUUCUUUUUUGCUUUUAUUUUCUGUUUUUGAAGGCCUUCUGAAGUCAAGACUUGUCUGCCGCAGCUGUUCCUCUUCGUCUUCGGUCUUCGAAGUUUUCACGUCUUUGAGUCUUCCGAUCGGCUUCGAAGAUGUCGAUCUUUUUCAAGUGAUCGGUAGGGUAUUUAUUGUGGAGAAAGGAUAUUUCGGUUCAGUUGUUCGUAGAGACGGAAGCGUUCCAAGAAGGUACGGGUUCCGUCUUUCUAGGGAUUCCAACAUUGGCCACAUGAAAGACGCCGUCGCGCAUCUGAGUGGAAUCGAGAAGGAAAAGCUCACGAUUCAGUGCCUAACUAACAAAGGAACAUUAAUGGUAACUUGGCAGUUUCUUUUUAUUUUUCCAUUUUUGUGCAGAAGAAAUCUUUGGGUGCGGAUUCUACAGCGUUUUCGAAAGAAGACGUCCUUCUGAGCAGCUUUCCGUCGGGCGCUCGUUUGUACGCUUUAGAAUUGCCCGACGAUUCGAGUGAAGGAAACUGGAGGGUCGCCGUCCACCGGAAAUUGGUUUUAUCGGGCUUUCACGUCGGUUUAUAAGAUUUCCAUUCAGCAAUACAACCACGAGCCGCACAUUCUGGGAUCUACGGCCGGAUUCGUCGUCUCGCGCUUCGGCCUUCCUCUUAUCGUUGGUUGCGACGGCGAAAUCACUGGCAAAAAACUCUACGACGAUGUCAUGGCACAGGUAUCAAUACUUUUUGUUUCUUUGAUUCCACAACUUGAAUAUCUUUUGACCUAGUGAUCUCACCAAUGUCUUGAAUCAUUGUUUCACUACUUCUUUCUAGACUUUUCCUUUCAGAUGUACCGCUUCAUGGAGACUGCCGUCAACAGUUUUUCUAGUAGAGCUCAUGAUCCGUAAGCAACUUUAUGGGGCACUGUUCGGUAACCUAGUCUUCGCACAGGUGCGAAGGAAGUUCUUCCGGCUACCCUUUCACUCUUUGCGUCGUCGACGAUAACUACGAGUGGUGUGGUCAAUGUCCGGCACUGCGAUUCUGUCGCGGAUGUCCAAUCAGACCUGACGAAUCGAAGGUUCUGAGUUUCUUAAUCCAUUUUAUUAUGACAGAUUUUCAGACUUUUAUACCGCCUAGCAGUCCGAUCGCCGUGGAUUGGAUUCCUAUUGCGUUGUACCUUCGUUAUAACCACUCUCAGGAGCAGGUGAGGUAGCACUGCUUCUCCGGAGAUUUAUUUCGAGAUAAGGCAUGCGAAGACGACGUUUCCGUCUCGGAGACGUGGUCCCGCCAUUUCGCUCCGUCGUCGCUGGAACACUGUCUGGAGAAGUUUUCCUGUCCCGAAACGCUGGACGCAGAAAUCGACUGCGAAAAGUGUGCGAAGAAGACAAGGCGCGAUAAAGUCAUGACCAUCUGGCGAUUGCCGAAGUACUUGGUUUGUCAUCGAACCAAGUACUAUGAAGAAAAAAAGAGUCUAGAUUAUACACCUGAAACGGUUUGAGUUCCUACGCGAGCAAGGCAGAAUGGGAAAGUGUAAGCGAGCGGUGAAUUUCCCGUUGCGAGACUUUGACCCAACUCCUUUCGUCGACCGACCAGACGGCCACACUUACGAGUGCAUUGCUCUCGCUGUAAGAUUCCCUUUCAUCUGGUUCCGGAUCUUCUAACUGUUUCAGAACCAUUACGGACAGCUUUCUUCUGGCCAUUUCGUCGCCUACGCCAAAAGCAACGAAGACAAGUGGCUGCUCCUCAACGACUGUUCUGUUAGGGUGAACAUUACGUUUCGCAUUCGAAAUAUAAUCGAAAUAAUUUGGAGUAAAAUAUUUUUGUAAUCUUCUUAUCCGACCCCUGUAACGAAGAAGUUCGACGAGAAUUCAGUUGACCAUAGAAUCCAAAACAAGAACUUUGAUUAAGUUUCUAAUGAAUCUUGAGACUAAAAGGCGUGCUUUGCUUGCUUGUGAUUUUCCGCACUGUCUGAAUUAGUCAAAUUUGUUCAUUUUUAUUCUUUUUUAUACAUUUCUUUUCAAGGAAGUCCAAGAAGAAGAGGUCGACCAACAAGGCGCAUAUCUUCUAUUCUACGAACGCAAGGAAUAA